UGCGGUGAAACAGCAGAGAAGUAGGAAAACACCGCACAAACAUGGAUUAAUUUAAAUGACACAAAGUCGGAGGAGACGCCAGCAUCGUACUCGGUGGCUUCACGGGGACAAAUACACACGCCGGGAACAGAGGUUUAGCGGUGUUUAACGUCGGGUUGUCCGUCGGGCAGCGUUGUUUUUUUUGCGGAGCAGUCGUGUUUAUGUCUUCUGGCUAGCUUAAGCCAGCGUAGCGUUAGCUGGUACACGCAGAGAAAUAGGCUUCUCUCACCGGUAAAAUAUGACUUGUAGUCGCCGUUAUUCUUAUUAUAUCUCUCAAUCGUACAGGAGGAACAGCUCUGUGUGUGUAUGUGAUUGUAACUGAAAGGCGUUCGGAGUUUGUUUUGGGACAGGACUGCAUUGGAAAGGUAUGUUCCUCAUUGUCAACACAAGUAGAAAAACUGAAGGAACAGUCGUCGUUUCCUGAAAAAAAAAAAAGAAAGAAAUCACUCUUGAACACCUCAGCAAUUGAACAACAUGGAUGUGAUCUGGACUUCAGUCAUCACACAGAAAACACAGCAGAGACUUUGUAAAUAACGCUUCCCUCAGUCAGCUGGUUGACUCCACUACGUUUUCCUCCUCCUGCUGACCGGGCACUUGACAAACAGUAUCCUGUAAUUUGGCUGAAGUGGAGGAAGUCUUCCUCGUUUUAUUUUUGUUUCUGCACAGCUCGUUUUUGCUUAGACUGAGCUCCUCAUUUCAACAGUGAAGGAUGAAUGGCCUGUCAUUCAGUGAGCUUUGCUGCCUGUUCUGCUGCCCGCCCUGUCCCAGCCGCAUCGCAGCCAAGCUCGCCUUCCUGCCCCCUGAGCCCACUUACACCUUUCUUCCAGACCCGGAGGCAGGCCCGGGUGCAACGGGGACAACAGGGACGUCGAGUCUGCGGACACGGAGCGGAGCAUCAGUUGCUGGAAGCGGCGGGGCCGCGGCUGUGGACGGAAGAUGGAAACUUCACCUCACAGAGCGAGCAGAGUUUCAGUACUCGCAGAGGGAGCUGGAUAUGACAGAGGUGUUCCUCACUCGAUCCAGCCGAGGGAACCGAGUCGGCUGUAUGUACAUUCGCUGUGUUCCCAAUGCGAGAUUUACAGUGCUUUUCUCCCAUGGUAACGCAGUAGACCUGGGCCAGAUGAGCAGCUUCUACAUCGGCCUUGGCACCCGCAUCAAUUGCAACAUCUUUUCCUAUGACUACUCAGGCUACGGUGUCAGCACUGGCAAGCCCUCUGAAAAGAACCUCUAUGCAGACAUAGAUGCUGCCUGGCAUGCCCUGCGAACACGAUAUGGCAUCAGCCCAGAGAAUAUCAUCUUGUAUGGACAAAGCAUUGGUACAGUUCCCACUGUAGACCUGGGGUCACGGUAUGAGUGUGCUGCCGUUGUUCUUCAUUCACCUCUAACAUCUGGCAUGAGAGUGGCCUUUCCAGACACAAAGAAAACCUACUGCUUUGACGCUUUCCCCAACAUCGAGAAAGUGUCCAAAAUCACAUCUCCAGUGCUCAUCAUCCACGGGACAGAGGACGAGGUGAUCGACUUCUCCCACGGCCUGGCUCUGUUCGAGCGCUGCCCCAAGGCCGUGGAGCCUCUGUGGGUGGAGGGAGCGGGACACAACGACAUUGAAUUGUACAGCCAGUAUCUGGAGCGUCUACGCCGCUUCAUAGGACAGGAGCUGACGGUACAACACGCCUGACCAUCCACACCACAAUCAACAUCAUCAUCACCAUUUUUCCUGGUCCACUUAAAGCCUCACCUCUCUGUGUCCAAGACGGAAAUGUAUUCAAGAGUCAUGUAAACCGUCCCUCAGCUUACUCUGGCACCUAGGGGUGUAACGUUUCACAUACUGUAGUUCUCUGUUUUCGAGGCGCAGUAUGCUUUUAACGGACCGUGGACACAGAGGAAAGGAUUAGUUUGCUCAUAGACAUCUGAAAAGUGUGAAAGACUUAAAUUGCAUUUAGACUUUUUUCUUUAACAGUACAGCUGCCAUGUGUUAGGAGGCAGCAGAUAUAAUCCUAUACUGUGCAAUAACUAUGGACAGUGUAACAGGAAAAGGACUUUUGUUGACAUUAAAUGAGUUAACAGAACAACAAACUGAUAAACAGUCAUGUAGGUCAAUUCCAUUGUGGUCCACAUGGAAAGCUUGUGUCAGUUUUCCAGCCUAUUCGUACAGUUUGUGUGUAAUUUGAAUUUCUCCAAAUGGAUAGUGGUGAAGCAUGUCGGACUCUCCGCGCUCUGACGUGCUGAGGGGAAUAAUUUGGUUUUCUAAUCACCUCUUGAAACAGCAAACAGAUUUGUAACCAACAUUGACCCAGCAGUUUUGAUUAGUAACACAGGUUGUUGGUGGUGUUUUGUUGGACUGCAUUACCUUGAAAGGUGUUUCUAAUAUCCUGUCACGUGUGUAGACUUUUGGGGGUCGACAAAACUGGUGACUUGUCUAUAUUCCUGGGAAAAAUGAAAAUGAUACACAGAGAUUAGUUUGUUGUUUUCACCGUACUCAACAUUUUACUCAGGUAACCCUCUUUUAGUCAUUAGGCUCUGUGUUUCACAUUUGUGUGUGUCCUUUUUGUGUUUGUUUUAUUUACAGUAACCUAAAUCUCCUGAGAUCAUUUGAGCAAAGAUUUCUGAAAUCAUUCAUCCAAUGUGAGGUCUUUUUUUUUUGUAAAGCUUUGAAUUUUAACCAUGUAAUGAACCAAACUAUGAUCCCAAAACCGAGGUACAGGCCAAAUCUUGAGCUUGGUGAGAGCCAUUAACAAACUUAACUUUCGUCUUUCUUGCUUCAGUCGAUUCUCCACACUAUCUUCAGUCUCUUCUGAAACACAUUUGUGUCCCAGUGAUGGAGAGAGGUUGGUCGUGUUAAAGGACGACUGACACUCAAGAGCCUCAGAACGAAAAUACCUCCAGCUCCUUUGUUUAGUGUAAUGUCUGAGAGCCUUUUAGCCCUGUCCUUUUUGUUUUAGUUGUGUUUAUGUCUCACACCAGUAGGUCACCUAAGUUCCCGUUUCCUUCAGUGUCUGGAACAGAGAAGCAACACUAAAAUUAAACAGGCAACGGUUUUCUAUCUCCAGCCUGUUUUCAUCUUUUUUUUUUUUUUUUUUUUUUUUAAAUCUGUCUGACAGCCAUCUUACUCAUUUGCGCUCCAUCUUGAGGAGCAUAUUUGUCAAGUCAGAGAAGUAUGUGGAAACUUAACUUUGGAAUCAAGUAUUUUAUGACCGUCGCCAUUGUCUAAUUUUAAUCAUUGAUGGGCUUCACACAUUGAGUCAUAAAAAUCAUUCCUGCCCUUCUGCAGAUAAACACGCAAACACGUUUUAUCACAAUACAGCAAUAUAGUUUAUUAGUUGUUGUCCAGCUUCAACAUUAGCAAAGAGUUCAAUGAGAAGCUCUUCUAAGGACAUUAAACUUUAGCAUUAGAAACAGGUGAACAAUGUUUGGCACUUUUUUCUAUGUCUAACAUGACAUGAUUGCUUUUCCAACACUAUUCUACAUUAUAAUGUCAGGUAAAACUAUACAGCAAAUAGAGUGUGUGAAAGUGUAGAACAUCUCUUUCCUCUCGGGUUUACAGUCAACCUUUUUGUAAAACUAUUGACUUUUGCCACACAGAACUAGAGUACAAGAGUGGUACAGUACCUUUUGUAGCUGCUGGUGUGAUUUUUGUAACCACAGAAAACUGUCUCAUUUUUUUUGUUUCCCUUGUGGUUCAUUGUUCUUUGUGCGCUGAUUAUUUGGGGAAAUAUCACUAAUUGAUUGUCCCAUUUUGCUGCAGAUGCUAUCUUUUCUUUUUUCUGUGACAUCGUUGUGAUUGUAUACAAAGAACUGGUACAGGGUUAUGUCAGCUGCCCAGCCCCUCCCCGCUGAUGUCAUUUAGGGUUGACUCAUUAGAUAAACCAUAAUCUUUCAGACUCGCUGUACCCCAUCACUGUCCCACUAACCGUCUGUUUUACAGCCAGACAAGAGGUGCAGUCUGAAGUAUUCACCUGCAACGUGCAACUCUGAGUGGUGCUAAGCCACAGAGGUUUAAAGCCAUUACAAAAAUGUGUGUAUCCAAGGGUUAAAGGGUUUUUAACCUAACUGAAUUAACAUAUUUGAACCUUACACAUUGAGCGAGUUGCAUCGUUAAACUUCGUAUUUGAAAGCUGAGAUUAUAACUGUUCAAUUUGAUUGUUUUCAAAGGCAAGUCAGGGUUUCCAGGCUUUUCUUGUUGAUGAAUGAACCAAAGUCUAACAUUUUUUGUGUGUUUACCCAGUGUACCUGCUGUGUAUGUUUGUAUCUUUGUAACCAAAGACAGAGGAAAUGUUCAAAUUUAAGCUCUUCUAUUAACUUUUUAUUUAUAUCUAUGCUUGAUCUGAUCUUUUUCCACUAUACUUUUGGAUACAAAUGAAAUGCAAGUUUGUCAUAUUGCUAAAUAAUUAUGUUUUAUCAUAUCAUGUCUGGUUUCAAAUGCAAGAAGAGAGUUUAAAUAGCAUAAAUUAACCAACUUGUGGGUGUUUGUUUCAUUGUUUUGGGGUUGUUGUUGUUGUUUUUUUUCAAGCUGUUCAUAAUUUAUCAUUUGUGGAGGAGUACAACUAAGCAAUACAGUGUGUUGGGAUAUGUU